AUGCCUACGACCAGACGUCAAGCGAAAGCUGCUCUGGAGACCAAAGCUUCGAAGGAACAGGAAAAAGAAGAGGAGCUCGACGUUGGUGAGAAGCGACCCGCGGAAGAGACGGAAGCACCCGAGGAAGAAGAACCACCCGCAAAAAAGACCAAGAAAGAGGAGGAAGAUGAUGAACAAGAAAAUGGCGCUGGAGACAUGGAGGUCGAUGACAAUGACGAGACUGCGAAACAGCACCCACAGACAGGGGUGAUUGAACGCGGUCAUAUCUACUUCUUCUACCGGCCCAAGGUCGACGUGGAGGAAGCAGGCUCCAUCGACGACGUCCAACGAUUCCAGUUCAUCCUCGUGCCCCGUCCGCCAGAAUCUAACGCAAACGCCGCGGUACCGCAAGCGGAGACAAAAGACAGAACCAGGAAGCGCUUCCGCAUCGUGACCGUCGGCAAGAAACAACUGCCCCACCCAGAGGAGGGUGGCUCGGGUAAAGGCAAGAAGCGAGUAUUGUGGGCUACGAUCGGUACCGUCGGCGAAGACCUGCAGAAGCUCGAGGACGGACUGGAUGAGCGAACGUACGAGACCAAGACGAAGGGCGCGCGUCAUUUGGAGCCAGCCAGACCUGCUGGGCGAGGCGCUUAUGUCAUCGUCAACAACGAUCCCGAGGUACCUUCCAAGAGGGAGACUCACCUUGGGUACUAUCUGUCGCACCCCGCCGAACCGGGAGAUAUCCAAAAGGAACUGGGUAUCUAUCAAGCAUCGUCGUUCGUCUUGCAAGUGCGGAACCCAGAGGCGAAUGUCAGUGGCCCGCCGGGGACCGGCUUGCCGAAGAAUAAGAGAGCCAAGUAUCCGGAGGAGAUCAUGCUGUCCGUCUUCGGGAAAGGGGGAUCCAAGGGAAGAGAGCCGAGCGGCCUGCGCUUUACACCGAUCGAACGGGUGGAUCUUCUGGAUUACGAGGGUGCAGAACUCUUGUUGAUUGCAGCCCGCGGUGGUGAAGAGGGAUUGGAAGCUUCGGUGGGUGAAGAGAACGCGAAAGCGUUGGAGAAAACUGAAAAGAAGGACAGAAAGGAAUCAAUCGAUGAUGUGUUCAGAGAGUUGACCCUGGACAUCGAGCGUUUCCCUGUGGACGCACUGAAAGGCCAUUGGAUUUAG